AUGCUUGCACACACUGGAGGGCCCCAGCAACUCGUCCUUCUUCUAGAGACGGCAUCGGAGCGAGGCGUGAAACCGUCGCCAUUUUAUUACCUCGGAUCGCUGGGCCACCCACCGGCGGCAGCGGGCCACGAGGCGGCCGUAAUGCCAUAUCGCGACACCACAUACGAUACGUCUUUGUGCUUUCGCGGGCGCCAGCUGCCUAUGGCCACGCGCCAUCACCCCCACAUCGAGAAGAAGAUUGGAUCCUUAUGCCGCCACCGUAGCGUUUAUAUAGAUAACGGCAGCGAGGGUGCUGACCAAAGGGAUCGCCCACCGCCCACUGAGCAAUAUACCAGGAAGAGAUAUAUGAGAAUCGAACUCAGAGAUGGAGCCCUCUUACUCCAUCGCUCUGGACGGCUGUCCAAAAUAAGACGCGCGCCUCGGCGCUCGCGCCCCACCUCCAACGCCUGCGUUUCCUCAUAG